AGGCUUAAGUUCCUUUUCGUAUAAAGUUUUGGCUAGACGCAGGAGAUACUUAUUUGGGAAUUAUUAGUAAGCUAGCAAACAACUUACUGAAACCUUUUAGCAGACAUUUGCCUGCAGAAUAUUGUGUAAAAAAGUCUGUCACCACCUUUUUGAUGAAACGCAUGCAAAGUCGGGAUCCAGCAUGUGGCACUAUUCAACACGCUUGUAAUUCCAUGGACCUAACAAACUUCUACGAGGGGGACAACUACCCGUUCGAUAAAGACUGUUUUCGGAUAAAGCCAGACUACAGGGGACAUUCGAUGACAGAGCUGGCCAUUGGGGAUAACGAGAGAGCUAUUGACUUUAGUCCAUAUUUAAACCCGUUGUUGCCGCAUCAUCAGCAGCCAGCGCCAGGGGGCAACUUUGAGUCACCGGGCAACGAUUUUAUCGCAGAUUUGUUUGAAGACGAUCGUAAAGACAGAAGAGCAUUCCAGGACUACCAGAGUUAUCAUUUACUAGCUCGGCAGCACGCCUUAUCUUCUGGAAGUUCGGGUAGCAGUCGGUCCGGCAACGUAAACAGCUUACCGGCGCACGUUAUAGAAACUAAAGCAGAGCCGGUGUUCGAGCAGCUGGACAGUUAUAAGGCAGUAAAAUGAGAAGAAGCCCACAAGGGCGAGAGCGGGAUGACGAGCCAUUCCACGUUCGGCAGCCCUAGACUUUUCCAGCCAUACCAGUCAAUUACUGGUGGCAGCAAUGGCAACUUGUCAACGUCAUCUUCCAGUCCCCCCAGUACACCAACACCUUCGGAGUGUAGCAAAGAGGAGUCCCCUGGCGCCUCUAAGUCCACUAAGAACAAGAAGUCGGUAGACAAACACAGUGAUGAGUACAGGAUUCGGCGAGAACGCAAUAAUAUCGUGGUGAGGAAGAGCCGUGACAAGGCCAAGCUGCGCAACAUAGAGACGCAGCACAAAGUUCUGGAACUGACAGCUGAGAACGAGAGAUUGCAAAAGAAGGUCGAACAGCUCACCUGCGAACUGUCGACCCUCAGGAACUUAUUUAAACAAAUACCCGAACCUUUAUUGGCGGCUUCAGCCCACUGCUAAUAGACAGCAAUAGACGAUCUGUGUGAGACAGACAACAAUGGCUGCUCGAGCUGCUCCUCUUGUGGCUUUCCCGCCGGCACG